CACCACCACCCACUUCACGCAACCCUCUCCGGCCCCACUCUCUCUCCAAAUGGCCGCCUCGGCCGCCGCUGCCUCCUCCUCCUCCGCCUCGGCGCCGCUCGAGCCUCGGCAUGACUUCUACCAGUCUGCCGCAGCCGUCACUGUGUCGCUCUACGUGCGCGGCCUGCAGGCCUCGGAUGUUUCGGUGCACUUCGACGCCGACUCGGUGCAUGUAGAGAUCGCAAAGCCAGCGCACUACGUGCUGCAUCUCGCGCCCCUCUUUGCCAGCAUUGAUGCGCAGGCGUCAAGCUGCAAGGUGCUCGCCUCGAAAGUGGAGCUCAGCCUGCUCAAGCGCGAGGCGAGACAGUGGCCCAGCUUGACUCGCAACGACGACGCGCCAGCUGCCUCGCUUUCCACUGCCUCUCAGUCCGCCGCACCUGCGGCCAAAAGCAAGCCGCGCAGCACCUCCAAAUGGGACACUCUCUCCAACUUCGACGACGCCUCCAACGAGCCUGCCGCCGCGGGCGCCGGCGACGCCGCCUCUCUCGAUGCUUUCUUCCAGAAGCUCUACGCCGACGCCGACGCCGACACGCGGCGCGCCAUGAUGAAGAGCUACUCGGAGAGCGGCGGCACGUCGCUGAGCACCAACUGGAACGAGGUGGGCAAAAAGAAGGUCGACGUCGUCCCGCCCAAGGGCAUGGAGGGGAGGAAAUGGGAUCAGUAACUGGCGUGGGAAGCGAGCGUGUGCAGGAGUGAGUUGCGGGGGAAAAGGCAGACGUGGCAAAUCCACGAGGUGAGAGGAAGUGGAC